GGCUGGUGUUGAUUGUUAACUAUCAUCAGAAUAGUAAACAAUCUGUGUUGAUAGCUAUGGCUGGUACAAGGUCCAGACUGCGUUUGAAGGAGCUGGAGAGCUAUUUACAAGAUGUUGAAACAUUUAACAAACCCAAGAUGCUGCUUGAACAGUAUGCCACAACCCCUCAUAUUGCAGCUUGUGUCCUCCACACUAUCGACACAAACUAUGAUGAUAUUCAUAAUAAAAAUGUUGUUGACCUCGGCUGCGGCUGUGGAGUGCUGGGGAUAGGGGCAAAGAUGCUGGGGGCAGGGCAUGUGUUAGGGAUAGACAUUGAUGAGGAUGCUCUAGAUGUCUGUCAUAGAAAUGUAGAGGACAUGGAACUUGAUAUAGAUUUCAUUCAAAUGGAUGUAACCAAGAUAAGUGAAUAUGUAACACAUGAUCUGGCAUCCUCUGACACACAAUCACAUGGCCAGGCAUCCUCAGAGACAUCACACUCAUCAUCUGUGGCUGGAUUCAUUAAGGAGAAAAGUUUUGAUACAGUGGUUAUGAAUCCUCCAUUUGGGACAAAGAAGAACCAGGGAUUAGACAUGAAAUUUGUGAAGGCUGGCCUGUACUUAGCCAAAACAGCUGUGUACUCUUUCCAUAAAACCUCUACACGUGCUCACAUAGAAAAAAAGGCAAAAGACUACCAUGUGCACAUGGAAGUGUUAGCAGAGCUGAGGUUUAACCUGGAAAACACCUACAAGUGUCAUAAACAAAAAUCUGUAGACGUUGAAGUUGACUUCAUUCGAUUUUCAUUCAAAUGAUACCUAGUUGCACCAUUAUGACUCUCAGUAAUGUUUAUAGUUUCUAACACUGACUAUCAUUGAUGUGUCUAGUUUCCAUCAUUGACUACAAGUGACCAAAUAUUAUCAGCCUGUGCCCCAUGGUUAUUGGUUGGAAACCACUCCAAGAUUUAAACAAAAUUGAUCCUGCGACCUUGAAAAUGGGUCAAGAUCAUAUAUAUUAAUAAUUUAAACUUUUUAGUCAUUGACCAGAGUGUUGUAUGUAUGAAACCUUGCAGAUCAUGAAAAUGAUCUUUUCAUACUUCGUUGCCCAAAAUAGCCAUUUUCAAUUUUGACUCCUCCCAAGAACCGGAAGUUUAUUUUUCAGACAAGCUUUCUUAAAGCCAUUUUGUUUCGUCCGUUGUAAUCCAUCAUGCGUAAACUUUCCAUUCAAAUGAUUUCUUCUCAAUAACCAAAAGGCCCAGGGUGCUGAUUUUUGGCCCGUAGAAUAAUGGGAUGAAAGGCUACCAAGUUUAUUAAAACGAAUGACCUUGCAUUAAUCUCAAGAUCACAGGGGACUAAUGUGUAAAAAUCUUUAAAUGACUUCUAAAUAAAGAAAAUGCCCAGGGUGCUAAUAUAAGGCAUGUACCCUGCUGGGACAAAGGGCUACCAAUUUUGUUCAUGUUAUUGGCCGUGAUGUACUUUCAAGGUCACUGGUUUUAAUAUAUAAAAAUUUGUUAAACACCUUCUUUUCAAUACCCAAAAGGUCCAUGGUGUUGAAAUUUGGAAUGUGGCAUGCUGGGAUGAAGUCUGCCAUAUGUAAGUUUGUCAUAUUAUUGACCUUGACCUAUUUUCAAGGUCACAGGUGUCAAAUAUCUAAAAUCUUUGAACAACUUCUUCUCAAUAACCAAAAGUUCCAGGAUGCUGAUAUUGGGCUAGUAGCAUGAUGGGAUGAGGGCUACCAAGUUUGUUAAAAACGAAUGACCUUGACAUAUUUUCAAGACCACAGGGGACUAAUGUGUAAAAAUCUCUAAAUGACUUUAAACUGCUCAAUAUCCAAAAGGCCUGGGGUGCUGAAAUUGGGCCUGUGGCAUGCUGGGAUGGAUUGUUACCAAUUUUGAUUAUGUGAUUGGCCUUUUGUCUUCUUAAAGGUCACAGAGAUAAAAUGUGUUAAAAUCUUUAAAAGACUUCUUCUUAAUAAUAAAAAGGUCCAAACUGUUGAUAUAAAUGGAUGAAAAGCACCGAUUUGUUCAAAUAAUUGACCGUGCUUUAAGUGAGUUGAGAUCUCUUUUUUGGCAAAAGGUUCAGGUUAAUGGCAUUAGUGUAGUACCAUGCGUAAAGAAUAUGGUUCAAGUUUGCAGAAAAUGUUUUUGAAAACCAACAAUGUCUUCUGUGUAAGUUGUAGAUUAUUUACUGAGAAAUCUUAUUUAUUUGUGAUCUUACAUAAUACAGUAAAACUCACUUGUGUCGAACACGCUUGAAUCGAAUACAUUGGAUAAUUCAAAUGUUUUGUUCUGUCGCAAUAUUUUCUCUUCUUUAUCUUAGUAAAUUAAACACAGAUGAUUCAAACACUGUAGAGUUGAAUUCUGCGUUUGCAUCAAAUAUAUUUUGUGGUCCAUCCCUUCUAAA